GCCGCCGUGUGUUGUUAUUAGGGACUCCAUGGCUCUAUUUCCAGCUUUUGCAGCGUCUGCCAGUACCGGUCCGGCCGAUGAUAACAAAGAGCUUAACUGGCUGAGAAACGAGAGCUUUUGUACGAAGGACGCACUGUCUCUGCAUCAGCGGUCACUGCAGGCUGAGCCGCCCUCUCCCGCCUGUCUGAGCAGUCCCUCCCCAGGACGCCAGUCAUCCGACAGUGAGGAUGGGUCGGAGGCUGGUAGGAAAAAGAAGAAAAAAAAGAAGAAAAAGAAGAAACACAAAGAGCUGAAAAGGAGGAAGAGGGACAACGAUGACGACGCAUCUGAUUCUGCCUCUGAAAAAAGAAAAGGGCCGGAGUCCUGCCGGAGUGAGGAGCACGAGAAUGAGGCCUCCCAGAAGUCAGCCCCCGGAGUCCGCUCGAUCUGGCUGGAGGAAGCUCAGCCUGCGGCAGAGGAGACGUUCAGGAUUGAUAAGAAAGCUGACCCAGCAAACUGGGAGUACAAAUCGCUGUACCGAGGAGACAUAGCGAGGUACAGGAGGAAAGGCCGUUCCUGCUUGGGGAUUGACCCCACAAGACAGCUCAUUGUAUGGGAGGACGCCCCUGGGAAGAAGCCAUCUCAUAAGAAACCUGAGCGAUAUUAUAGCAGGAGUGCAGUACAGGCGCUCAGGAUCCGGGCAGAGCAUGUGGCCUGCAGUAAGGACAACAAGGACGUGGCAUCUGUCGGCUUCAUUCCUGUGAUAGACUGCAACCCGGAUGCCCCCUCCGCCUCUGCUGCCCGCACCAGCUGGGUGAAUCCUCUGGGUGUCUAUGACGAUUCCACUGCAAUGUGGCUACAAGGAAAAGGAGGCCUGGAGGACAAGACCCCGCCGGCUGCUCCUAGAGACACCGAGCUGCUGGGGAGGGUGGAGGAUUAUAAUCGGAGGACACGUGAAAACCCCGGAGAUGUGCGGACGUGGAUGGAGUUUGUCUCAUUUCAGGACGAGUUGUUGGCGCAGCCCAGCAUGUACUCCACCAGCGAGGGAGAGGUGGACUGCUAUCGCAUGUCUGUCAAGCUGCUCCUGGAGAAGAAGCUUUCCAUUCUGGACCGAGCCAUCGAGAGCAACCCGGGCAGCACGGAGCUGAAGCUGGCGCGGUUGCGGCUGUGCGCGGAGUUCUGGGAGGCCCCGGCCCUGCUGAAGGAGUGGCAGAAGCUGGUCUUCUUGCAUCCCAACGACCCGCAGCUGUGGCAGAGAUACCUGCUCUUCUCCCAGAGUCAGUUCAGCACCUUCUCCGUCUCCAAAGUCAUGGCCGCCUAUGGAAAAUGUCUCACCACUCUGGCCGCGGUGCACGAUGGCAGCAUGGUGUCUCACCCGGCUGUGCCGGGCACCGAACGCGCCAUGUGCGAGAUCUUCCUCCAGCAGUGUCACUUCCUGCGGCAGGCUGGCCACUGUGAGAAGGCGGUGUCCUUGUUCCAGGCGCUCAUUGACUUCACCUUCUAUAAGCCGGACAGCGUGAAGGACAUGACCACCAAGGGGCAGGUGGAAUUUUUCGAGCCGUUUUGGGACAGCGGUGAACCUCGAUUCGGAGAAAAGGGGGCGAAGGGCUGGAGCUCAUGGAUGCGGCAGCAGGAGAAAGGAGGCUGGGUGGUCGUCAAUAACCUAGGGGAGGAGGAAGAUGAUGACGUGGAGGAAGAGCUUGAUAUAAAAGACAAGAGUCUUCCCCGUCAUAAGACCUGGCUGGACAUGGAGUGUUUGCGGGAGGCUAGACAUUGGUUACCAUGGCGACCGGACCCGGAUAAGAAGCAGACGGAGGAAGACUGCGAGGAUCCUGAGAGACAGGUCCUCUUUGAUGACCUCGGGCCAUCGAUGUUCAGGAUCACCAGCCCGGCAUUGAAGUUCCAGUUCAUACAUUCCUUCCUGCAGUUCCUGGGUGUCCCCUGUGGCCCCAGGCCUUCUCCGGCCUGUCUGUACCUCGCCCUGGAUGAGCUCUCCCUCUUCGACCACAGGUCAGCCAGUGAGAGGCUGCUGACUUCAUUUGAGCUGCCCCUGGCCGGAGUCGGUACAGUCGGUCACCUUGAAACGAUGAGCAGAUGGAGGCGGCAGAUAGGACAUUGUAAGGACGGUGAAUGCUUCAUACAGAACGUCUUCCAGUCCGCACUGUCCUUGUUCCACGGAGAGCAGAAGAUGGAACUGUGUGUCAGCUGGCUGCAGUAUGAAAUCUCCAAGGUCGUCCAGUGUAUUCAAGCACAGAGGAAAAAGCAGCUAAAAUCCCAGGGGAAGCGGAGUAAGAGACUUGCCAAAAGCCUGCUGAAAGAGCCAUCGAACCGCAACAGCCUGGCGCUGUGGAAGGAGUAUGCCCUCCUGGAGUGGCUGCUGGGGAACACAGAGGAGGCCAGGAAGGUGUUUGAUGCUGCAAUCAGUCUGGCAGGUGGCAAAGGGUUAAAGGACCAAGCACUCUGCAGCCUCUGUUUAUUGUAUGCCGAACUAGAAGGGGCGAUUAUAGACCCUUCGGAGGGGGGCGGCCGGUCUCGAGCAGUCCAUGUACUCACCAGCCUGGCAGAAAGUUCCCCCUACAAACCAUACAGUGGACCCGUCCAGGCUAUUCAUAUUUUAAAAGCGCGAAAAACCUACGCGCGCGCUGUGCAGGACAGCUUAAAUUUGCCGCCAUCUGCGUCGCUGGUUACCUUAACUGGGUGCUAUGCACUUUUUCAGUAUCUCACCGUGGGCAUUGACGCUGCUGUUGCAGUGUUCAGAGAGGUCACUGGCUCACUGCCACCCCCUGCAUCUGUGCCUGGAGAAUCGCAGGACUCGCAUGGCACACUGCAGGCCGUCGCGGGGAUGCACAUCAACUUGCUCAUGCAUCAUACUAAGGUUAGCGUGUACCCACGGACGCCUCUCAGGGACGCAUUGUCUGACGCUUUACGUCUGUACCCCGACAACAUCACCCUGUGGAAAUCCUACAUCCAGACUGAGAGCAGGUCUCACAAUAUCAGCAAAGCCAGGAGGUUCAUCGACGGGGUCAGGAGGACGUCGGAUGCCCUGGAGCCAUAUCUGUUUGCCAUUCGGGCAGAGGAGGAUAGGAAGAAGCUUCUGGAAUCCGUUCAGAGGGCGGAUAUGGGAGAGGUGCACACUUUUAUGCCAGAGACGGGCCUGUCCAACCGAAUCAAGGCCUUGUUUGAGCACUGUGUGAGCACGGAGCGUGGAUCCCGCUGUGUACUACUCUGGAGGAUGUACCUGCACUUCAUGGUUUCUCUGGGACGUGGCGACAGGGGUCGAGGUCUCUUCUACAAGGCGAUACAGAGCUGCCCGUGGGCUAAGGUGCUAUACAUGGACGCCGUGGAGUACUUCCCCGAGCAGUUGCAGGAAGUUGCUGAUCUGAUGACGGAGAAAGAGCUGAGAGUUCGCCUUCCUCUGGAGGAGCUGGACUUACUAUUAGAAGAUUAAUGCUGCAGCACAAAUCUCUUUUUACAUGAUCUCUGUAUAGAGCAAAAAGUCCUAUU